GAAGUCAGACACACAUCGGUUUGAAGUGCAGAGAAUGCUGAUGGAGGACAAUCUAUCACUGGAGAUCUACAUCAAUAAAAUGAAGGACGAGGAUCUGUACAAGUGGUGGGGUCAUUAUCUAGAGAGCCAAUCAGACAUGGAGGCUGCGCUGCAUUACUAUGACCUCGCUCAGGACUACCUGUCUCAAGUGCGCGUGCGCUGUUAUCUAGGAAACAUUCAAAAGGCGAGUGAGAUAGCCAAUGAGACGGGCAACAGAGCAGCAUCUUAUCAUGUUGCACGGCAGUACGAGGGACAGGAUGAAAUUAGCCAAUCGGUGCACUUUUACACACGAGCACAAGCCUAUAAUAAUGCCAUACGACUGUGUAAAGAGAAUAACUUGGACGAGCAGCUCAUGAAUUUGGCACUGCUUAGCAAUCCAGAGGACAUGAUGGACACGGCAAUGUAUUAUGAAGAGAAAGGAACGCACAUGGACCGAGCUGUUAUGCUUUAUCAUAAGGCAGGUCAUGUGUCUAAGGCUUUGGAGCUAGCUUUUGCCACAGAGCAGUUUGGAGCUCUGCAGCUGAUCGCAGAGGACCUGAAUGAAAACAGUGACCCUGCCCUACUAGCACGCUGCUCUGAUUUCUUCAUAAAACACGCUCAGUACCAGAAAGCUGUGGAAUUGCUGGUGGCUGCCAAAAAGUACCAUGAGGCGCUCCAGUUGUGUUUGGACCAGAGUUUGACCAUCACAGAAGAUCUGGCCGAAAGUCUGACGGUGCCAAAAGACUCGUCCCAUCUGUCUGAGGCCGGGAGAAAGGAGCUGCUGGAGAAAAUCGCAGACUGCUGCAUGCGGCAGGGCAACUACCACUUAGCCACUAAGAAAUACACACAAGCUGGAAACAAGAUCAAGAAAGAUUUCAUGUAA